UUUGAUGCAAUGUUCAGUAUUUUGUAGUGCAUUUAGCCACUGGAGAAUAUUUUCAUACCAUUUAUCUAUUUAUUAAAAUUUCCUUUAGUGCAUUUGUUGCAUUGAAACCCAUUCCCAGCGAAUCAUAUUGCUAUCUCGUUCUAACAAUUGCGACUCGGUGGUUGGCAGAUUUGCUUACUUCAUUUUCUACACUAUCAUUUGUUGCAUUCCAUCGGAUAGGCGCAUUUCGACGAAACGUUUUUGCGGAAAAGAGGCACAGAACUAAAACCAAGUGGCAGCCGGAACUGAAGCGAUCAAGUUACGGGAAAAAGCUGUUACUCGACAUAACUCGUUACUUUCUGUCAUCACCCAACGAAGCGAGGGAUAAAGAGAGGGAGGGACCCAAUCUCCUUCCGAAAGCACCGUGGAAAAUGUAUCGGCAGUGAAGCAACUGCGCAACACCUUGAUUUGAAGUUUUCGAUUUCCGUCCGUGGAUCGCGGUUGGCUAUAGCAGCACAUUUCACAUAGUUGGACACGACAUUGCCGAACGCCUUCGAAUAUGAAUAUUAAUCGUUACCAGGCGGCAAAGAAUCUGCAACCGGCACGUUCUUUACGUACCGCACCGAAUGCCGGUCGGAAUGCGCUCGGCGACUUUGGCUAUCCACCGCAUUUGGUGGACACGUCCCAUCAAGCCCGUGCCGGGCCGAUGCUCAACGGGAAUCAGCAGGGAAUUCUUCCGGCGCAAACGCACCAAAGAUCGAGCAGUCAAUCGCGCAAACAUGAUGUGCUACGUACACCGACCAGUGGAUCGCAUGCUUCCGGUGCGGGCCGAUCGAGCGCUACAUUUUCUCCGGGAAGUUUAACAUUCAACGCCAGUACGCUUACCAUCGGCUCACUGUAUGAGGUGACCGUUUCAUACGUGCAGAAUGGUCCGAAACAGUUCAUGGUGCAGCUACGUUCAUCGGAAGUCGCACUGAAGCAAAUGAUGGGUGCACUGGCACGGGUGCCGUUACGAUCCAUCAAUCGGAAGCUGCAGCUCGGUAUGGCCUGUUUGGCACGCUAUACACACAAUCAUACGAUCUAUCGGGCUCUCAUCACAGCGCUAGGGCAGGAUGGAAACUGUACGGUUACGUACGUCGAUUAUGGCCAUUCGGAAACGGUGCAUCCGAGCAAUCUGUACGAAAUUCCACCCGAGUUUCUGCGAUAUGAAAUCUUUUCCACGCGCUUUGCACUUUCCAAUGUGCGCCGGUUGGAGGAUGUGAAUGCGGAUGUUGCUGGAAUCUUCUCCAAGAUGAUCGCAGGCAAGGUACUAACGCUGAAAGUCACUCCUCCAGAGGGUGCGGCGUUUGUGUCGUACUGUGAGCUGUAUGAAAACGGCGACAAUCUGUUCCUGCGAUUGCAACAGCAGUGCCAGGAGCAGGUUUACAAAUAUCCACCACCGGGAAGUCUACAGCGUGGGCCCAGCUAUCGGGUGGUUAUACGUUACAUUGAAUCAUGCGCGAAAUUCUUCGUCCAUCGGCUGGACAAUGUGGCAGCGUUUGAUAAAAUGAUGGACGAUUUGAUUGUGCAUUGUCAGGGUAGUGGCAGUGUCGUACCGGGCGUGGUGAACGUUGGCGAUGUGUAUGCCGUAAGCCUCGAUCCCAAUGAUAUCUACCGUGCGGAGGUGAUUGAAACGGAUCCAAAACUAAAGGUGCGUUUAAUCGACUAUGGUACGAGCAUCACUACGCAACGAUCGCAGCUGAAGCGCCUGUCGCCGGACUUUCUCCAUCAGCGCCCGGAAGCGAUCGAGUGCUGUCUGGAAGGGUUCGAAGGAUCUAUCAGCGCUGAUCUGUCGACGGAUCAGCUCGAAAUGCUCGCGGAAGGUACGGAUAGGGAACGGAAACCGUUCAAGUUGAUCGUGUACGAUAUACGCGACGGAAAAACGAUCGUCAACCUGCUGGAUGAAUCGGAAACGCCCGUACUGAACGUGUCGAAGAAGCUGCUGAAGUUGAACAAUCCAGGAAAGUUCAUAAAGGAACAACAGAGCAAUCCUCAGAAGCAGCAAAACAAACGACUGUCCGGAGGAGCCGGUGCGAAUGGUGUUGAUCCACUGGGGACGUCUGUCGAUUCAGCCAAAGCGCAACUUUCGUCCAGUGGCAUAUCGUCCGGCCAUGGCGACUGUAUCGAUCUGACUAACGACGAAUGGAGUGGUGGUCCACCACUGCCAGGCAAUCAAAGCUCGGGAUACGAUCUGCAAGCGGGUGCAAAUGUGCAAUCGCCUCCGCGCAAUGGUCGUUCAGGUGGUGGUGGUGCUGGAUAUGGACGUGAGAGCAACAACAGCAGCCGAGACUCGUCGACAGGUAACAACAAGCAGGAUGCAAAGCGAAAUCCGGGAAUUGCCACUAAUGUAGGAACAACGGCAGGGGUCCGUAAUGACAUUCCAAGGUUCAACAAGGACCGUGCCCAAAUGCCGUACUAUUACGAACACGAUGAUCGUUUUGCAGAACCGAACAGCCCUCCAGCAAAUGUAGGGUUGGCCGGCAACGAAGCGAAGCGGAACGAACGAAACAGAAUGGACGCUCCAAUGGCUGCUGCUGGGGAAAGCAACGCUUUCGUCUCCAGCAACGCACAAUCUUCGGAUGAAUUUAUGCCGUACCGUAGUACCUUCCCGGAGCAGGCAGUAACGAUGAGCACUAAGCACGAAGUCGUUCUCUCCUGGUGGUACUCGCCGGAACAAUUUUACGUUAGAUUACGAUCCGAUGAGGAUAAGUACCAUGAAAUGAUGAAGCAGCUGCAAAAGUAUUAUCGAAAUAAGAGCAACCAGCAGGUACAUCAGCAGCAGCUCCAGCAGCAACAACAAACCAGUGGAAAGGCCGCCAAACCGUCCACCGGUUCCAUUGUGGUAGUACGCCACCCCAAACACAAUGCGUACUAUCGCGGUCGUGUGCUAAAGUAUAACGAGUCCGUUCAGAAGUACAAGGUAGAGUUGGUUGACGGCGGUAAUAAGCUGGCACUGUCGAUCAACGAUCUGUGGCUGGUGGAGCGCCGCUUUACACGGCUCGCUCCAAUGGCCAUUGCUUGUGCCCUGCCCGACGUUCGAUUGCGAUGCGAAGUGAAGGAGUUACAGAGCCGCAUCGAUUCGUACAUCAGCAAUGACAAACAGUUCGAGACGAUAUUUUUGGAGCGUGUUGAUGGCAAAUAUCACUGCAAGGUGGAAUCGCUCGGACGCGAUCUCAAGGAGCAUCUGCUGGAAGAUGAUCUCAUCGCGCAGGUUUAUGUUGAUAUAGAUCUGACCCGUUUGAAGGGACAAACAUUAAAGGUGCAGCUUGUAGAGCUAAAGAGUCUGAACGAUUUUCGUGCGAAAUUGCUCGGACAUCAAGCGAUCUUCAGCUGCCGUCAGGAUGACUGUGAUUCAUCCCUUUCUUCGGCGGAUGCUUUGGUGAAGCUUCGUGCACAAUGGCUUAAUCGGCACUGCUUGGCACAAGUGGUCGAUGUAUCGAAUGAUGAAAAAUUGAUACUGUCAUUAUUGAUACCGUCGCUAACGGGCCAACCUGAGCCAACGAUAGCCGAAAUGCCUGUGCUGAUGAGUACCUUCAACGUGUAUGUUACUCACGUGGAAAGCACGAACUGCCUGUACGUACAGAAUGCUCGCUGGAGCGAACAGAUCACCAAGAUGGCGGACGAUCUGUUCGAGUUUUACGAAAAGCAGCAAGAGCUGGUGCCGGUGGCAAAUUUGGCGAUGAAUGAAAUGUGUGCCGCCAAGUCGCAGGACGACGGUAAUUGGUAUCGUGCGAAGAUCGUAUCGUUGCAGGAGAUCGAAAAGAUCGAAGUGCUGCUGGUGGAUUAUGGAUACCGCGAGCAGGUGAAGCACAGCGAGCUGAAGGUGCUGGAACCAAAGUUUCUCGAGUACAGUGCGUUUGCCCAUCGUGUGUACUUACCGAUGGCGGCAAUCGCUGAUGUAAAUGAGGAGCGCAUCAAGAACGAAAUCAGUGAACUGACCGGAUCGUACGAACUGUCCCUUAAAGUGGUGGAGUUUAGAAAUGGGAUCUGGAUUGUGGACAUCACCUCGAAUGAUUAUAGCAUCGUGAGUGUCCUGAAGGAUCGACAAUUGGUAGCUGAUUUGGAUUACGAGACCAUUCUCAACCAGCGCCAAGCAUCGUCCCCAACACCCGGCGCUCCCGUGCGUCCAUCGAUCGAAGAUCAUGAGGCAAAGCAUCAGAAGAUUAAAGCUAAAAUUUGUCACGUCGAUAAUCCAAGCCAGUUGUUCAUUCAGCUCGAAAGUGAUGAAAAAGAUCUUAAUCAAUUGCAAGAAACUCUUCAAAUCAUUGCCUCUUCUUUACCACCGUUGCGUGACUUUUCUGCUGACCGUUACUGUAUCGCUCAAUAUUCGGCGGACGAUCUCUGGUAUCGGGCACUCAUCAUUGACAGUCACGACGAUCUAAUCAUACAGUUCGUUGACUUUGGCCACACGGACAUCGUGACAAGCAACAAGAAGAGUACCCUGCGCGACAUUAACGACGAUUUGAUGAAGUGGAAAAUUUACGCAAAACAGUGCGCCAUGCUUAUUCAGCCCAUGUCCGCGGAAGUGGCCGGUACCGAUGGUGGUCAAGUCAGUGCUAGCAGUUCCAACGGACGGAAGAAAAUGGCCGCAUGGAAGGAGGUAGCGACAACGAUACUGCGUGCCCUGGACGAGGUGGAGGUACAGUUUCUGGCCGAAGCACAAGGCGUACAUUACAUCAGUGUGCGUAGCAGUGAGAAAGACAUUGCCGAGAUGCUGGUGGAGAAAAAGCUGGCCACCCGUUUGCUGUACGUACCGUCCGGUCAGCGUUGCUUCACUAGCCAUACGGAAUCGAUCGAUGAGUUCUAUCUGCAGCUGGAACGCGAUGUCAAUCCGCUCGAUAUGAUGGCGAACUAUUUGGCGGACGUUAGCAAAUUUGCCGAUGUCGAAGAACCGAAGGUGAACAUGAUAUGUUUGGCCGAGUUUGCGGACGAUGGGUUGUGGUACCGGGUGCAGGUGUUGGCCAUACCGCAACCAGGCACAUAUGAGGUACUGUUUGUGGACUACGGAAAUGGUGCUACCGUGCAGAAGCUCAAGCAGCUGGAACCGAGUAUCGCCGAGCUGACGCGCCUCUGUACGAAGUGUGCACUGCGGUUACCGGAAAACGUGAAAAGUUGGUCGGCUGAGGCACAGGAAAAGUUUGUCGAGCUGACGGCAAUGGGCCAGACGGUGUUUACGGUGCAGCUGCACAGUCCCGGACCAUCGUUCGCUACCGUGGAGCUGUUUCUGGAGGGACGCAACAUUGUGGAUCAGCUGGUGGCACUCUGCGAGAAAGGACCCGGUUCGUCGACCGAUGCGAUGAGCUCGAGUUUCUUCCUGGGCGACGACAACAGGCUCGAUGACAGCUAUCAGCUAGAGGACGACAAGGUGCACAUUAGCCACGUGAACUCACCGGCGGAAUUUUUCAUCCAGUUCAACAACAGCUUCGAUGCGCUGCGCAACAUGGAGGAAUUGCUAGCGUCCAAAGCGAAGCACUGUGAACCGAUCGCCGAGGGUGAUAUUAGAAAUGGGUUGUUCUGUUUAGCGCAGCUCAUACACAACGGUAAGUAUUGCCGUGCGCUUGUCCUCUCGGAGGUGCACGGCGGUCAGGCCACGUACCAUCUGGUGCUGCUGGUCGACUAUGGAUAUCGGGCGGCCGCAACGGACCUGCGCAAGAUGCCGCCCAGCAUCGAGGAAAUGUCCCGGCUGGCGAAGAAAUGCUGCCUGGAGCACUAUUUGCCAACGGACGAGGUGUCGCUCGGUGCAGCACGCUGGAGCCGAUUGCGCAGCCGCCUGACCGAACUGGCCGAUUCGGGCAAGGCGGUGUUCACGUUUGAAAUUGUACGUAACGAUUGCGAUCCACUGAUCAUACGGUUAUUUACUCCCGCUGCCGUUAAUGUGGAAGAUCUGUUACGAGAGAAAGACGUCGAUGAUACGAUCGGUGCGCCCGUAACGCCAGACAAUAGCGGCAGCAGCAGUGCAGAAGAAACGCAACGGCGUGCCAAACCGAAACAGGCGUUCUUCAGGGCACUCAGCGAUCUGGAGUUUCUGGAGAACUGUGAAUCCGCACCAACCACAUCGGGUCAACCGUUCUCGAAUACUGACAAUUAAAGGGUGCGCGGAUU